AUGGCCAACAUCCCGGACCCGAGCCAAAACAUCCAGGACAUCAUUCGCGCAAACAAAGAAUACGUCAGGAACUUUCCACCCCACGACCGAGACCUUCCCGCGGCCCCCUCUCGCGGACUCCUCAUUGGUACAGUAUCAUACCCUUCCCCUUCCCCUUCCCCUUCCUGCCCGCUUUCAGCCAGAGCUGAUUACUAAAACUAGUAACAUGCAUGGAUGCCCGCUUCCACCCCACAUCCGCCCUCGGCCUCGCCCUAGGGUCAACACACAUCGUGCGCAACGCAGGCGGCUCAGCCGAAGAGGCGGUCCGCUCUAUCAUAGUUUCCCAGCAGGCACUACAAACGGAUGAGGUGCUGUUGAUAAAGCACACCGACUGCGGGAUGUAUCCUCUAGGCUGGGACAUCGAGCAGGAGGUGCUUCGGGAUGUGAAAUUAUUGAAGGGGCACCCGGGGGUUUCAGGAGAUAUCACUGGAUGGAUAUAUGAUGUCAGGACCGGAGCGAUUAGGAGGAUCAUUUAG